AUGAACCAGACACCGUGGAUAGGCAGGACCGCUUUACCCCAAACAGGUCCUGACAUUAUGGUCCAACCCUAUCGAACUGGCUACGAGACGCCUCAACCUCGCCGCUCUUCUUACGACCACCGCUCUGCUAGCCCGAUGCCUGCCCCUGCACCUUCUCGCAGGCACAGUCAACGCGCUCCUCAGCCGUCUGCACCUGUUCAGCAUCCAGCUUGGCUUCAAAGAGCCAUCAACUCUGGCUAUCGUCUCGAUCCGAACGGGGAUAGGCGCUACGCCAAUCCCCCGCUGCUAAGCAGCGACAAUAAUCGGUCGUGGACUCUGGACGCUCAGAAUGCAGGGUAUAACAUCGACACGGAGAGGAUGAUCAUCAUCCCGCCGCGUCCUGAACAUCAGCGUCGCCCGAGCGCUGCGAGUCAUGACGAUGGGUAUUCUACUACGCCUGAAGCUGGCUCCAUUCCAUCUUCGCGCCAGAGGCGUGGCUCAGACGCUAUGUCACGUCCGACGACGCCCGCCGCUACGGCUCCUGCUCCCAGAAGAGGCAUCCUCAAACGAAUCUUCUCUACCAACGAUCGCGCAGCAAGUACCCCACCUACGGAAGGUCGUCCCAGAAGUGGAUCUCAAAACCGCGCAAGACCUAUCCUUCACAUACCCGAAAGCGAGAAGAUGAACUAUGCCUUGCACUGGCAGCUCCUGCCCUAUAAUGCUCAGUCAGGCAAGCCACGCAUGUACUACGACAUCCGAUUUCCGGCCGAGUACGCCAGUCACGUUCAUGACGGGCAAGGUCACUUCCCCAUCUCCCGAAGGGAGCUCGAGAAGCCGGCCACUAAGAAGAACCUGUCGUACAUGACCUUCACCGCUUGGGACCUGCCUAUCUUCGACAUCGAAGUGCAUCGACACGAAGGUGUACGGGUUUGCGACGUCUUAGAGCGCGUAUACGAGCACUAUCAACUUGUGCUCACACGUACCGAGAAGACUCUCCAUCGUGAUCGUGUGGAACGUGCUCAAUGGUACUACGAGGAUCGUGUUCGGCAGGAGCUACAGCGAGAUCCCUCAUACGUCGACCAGGUGAUCGUGCAACCUUUGUCCUAUCAUGACUUCGGGCUGGCCCAAUUAUGCGUACCUUAA